AUGGCCUAUCUACUGGUAUUUUCAAUAUGUUUGGCGCUGCUGUUGGCAUCGAUUUCUCUGUACCGAUACGGUUGCGUCCAACGGCAGCAUCCGAUUGUGACCUUUUCGGUGCUGACGGCGUGGAGUUUUUCCUUUCUGAUUGUCUUCACCAUUCCGCUGGAUGUAACUUCGACUGUUUAUCGUCAGUGCAUUCUGGAGCACAAUGCAACAUCCAAAUCGGCAACGGUAAAUACUACCUGCCAGCGUCCCUGGGGGAUGGUCGAAGAUGAAGUCUUUCCGAAUCUCUGGCGAAUUAUCUAUUGGUCGUCGCAGUUUCUCACCUGGUUAAUAAUGCCGCUGAUGCAGUCCUAUCUGAAGGCGGGAGAUUUCACCAUUAAAGGCAAACUCAAGUCCGCUCUGGUGGACAAUGCAAUCUACUAUGGAUCGUAUCUGUUCAUUUGUGGAAUUCUGCUGAUUUACCUGGCAUUGCAACCUGGAAUCUCAUUGGAUUGGCAAAAGUUGAAAGCCAUUGCCUCGUCCGCUUCGAACACUUGGGGUCUGUUCCUCUUGGUGCUACUGCUUGGCUAUGCUCUAGUUGAAGUCCCUAGAGGUCUUUGGAACAAUUCGAAACCGGGAUUUACGUUACAAUAUGCUUACUUCAAGCUUUCCAAACUGAGCUCUGAGAAGGCGGAAGCUGAAGAACACGUGGAUGAUGUGCUGGAAAGUCUGCAAUCGGCAAGCCGAGCCAUUCCCACUAGACAUGAGCUUCGAGCAGCACUGGAAACGAUCAUGCGCAAGGUACCGACGGAACUGAUGGAACGAGCGCGCCGCAUCAGCCGAGAUGAUGGAUCUCCUAUAGCCGUUCCGUCGGAAAAAGCUCUAGUUAGACUGCACCGUCAGGUAAUCAAAUCGCUGCAGACUCUCCAACGAACGGAAGCCCUUUGGAAUGUGCAAGUGAACAAGGUCCUCCAUCUGGAAGAUGUCGCCAAGAAUGCCGUUUCGUUGGAUCAUCGGUUCAAAACGGAAUUCCCCAAGCAUCGCACCGGAUUCUCGCGGGCCACGUACAGCCCUACCCUGGAGUGGUACUGGGAAUGCGUCGUCAAGGCGCCGUUUCUCAAGGCGCUCGCCGUAAUUACCGCCUUUCUGUCAUUCGUCGUCGUCUGGAGUGAGCUGACCUUCUUCAACCGCGAACCCGUCCUAUCAAUCUUCGCCAACGUCCUGGAAAUUGCCAAGGCAAACUACGACUUUGUUACCAUCGAAAUAUUCUCCAUGAUGACCCUGUGCUACCUUUGCUACUGCGCAUACUCCACUGUAUUCCGAAUCAAAUUCCUAAACCUUUACUACCUAGCCGCCCAUCACCAGACCAACGAGUACAGCCUGAUCUUCAGUGGAAUGCUACUGUGUCGUCUGACCCCUCCGAUGUGCUUGAAUUUCCUCGGCAUGAUUCACAUGGACUCGCACAUCAUCAAACAGCGCAUUCUGGAAACGCACUACACCCAGAUCAUGGGCCACAUGGACGUGCUGGGCAUCAUCUCCGAUGGGUUCAACAUCUACUUCCCGAUGGUGAUGCUUGCCUUCUGUCUGGCCACGUGGUUCUCGCUGGGAAGUCGCGCGCUAAAUGCUCUCGGCUUCCAGCAGUUUAUGCUGAACGAAACCAUCGCAACGGAGCUGGUACAGGAGGGUAAAGAUUUGAUUGUCAGGGAGAAACGCAAGCGCCAGAGGGCGGAGGAUGCGAUUGCCCGUCGUCGCGAUAACAUACUGAACAAUCUCGGACGGGAUUCCGCCGGUGGAAGUAGCGGAAGCAAUGGGAAUGGAAAUGGAAACGGUGGAGGCGUUGGGAAUAUUCUGUCAAAGUAUAAGUCGAGGAACCUGGAUUCGGCUGCCAGUCCGGUGGGACCCAAUGAUGAUCUGGUGCGGCAUGGAGAUCGGUUGGAUUACAGCACCAACGGGAACCGAGGAGGAGAUUUUACGCGUUCCCUGUCGGAUGAGAUUAGCGAAAGGUUCGGGGUCAGUACGAAUGUUACGGUUGGUUUCAAGGGUUAUAACGACUUCGGAGAGGAUGAUGACGGUCGGGGUGGCAGGGGUGGAAGCGGCAGCGGCGGGGGUGCUCCCCGUGGAUUCUUCGAUGACGUCUGAGGAGGAGAGUACUUCGGAAGAGUGCAUUUUACGUAGGUUUACGUUUCUCAGUGAUACUAAGUUUAAUUCGUUAGAGUUUAACCUUUCGUUUUCGAUGUAAACAAUUAUAUACAUAUUUAAAUUCUACUACAAACAAAAAGAAAGUUAUCUUUAGGAAUACUUUUGCAUUACUCCCUGCAAAUGCUAGAACUUAUUAGAACAACACAGGAAGCACUGAUAGUAUUCGCAACAUUGUAGGUACUGUGGUUUUAUAUGCAAGUGUGAGGCAGAGUGAAACGUAGCGAAUGGACUGGGAAAAUCGCAAACUGCUUUCGAUUCGAGUAUUGGCUAAUCCUCAUAAUUAAAAAAAAAAUGCUGAUAAUGCAUAUUAAAGCAAAAGACACUCAGAAACGGAAACGUUAACGUACACGUAACUACUUGCUGGAACUAAUUGGCAUUAACAAAUGUAGUUGAAUAAGAGUCGUAUUGCAUGCAUGUACUACAUACCUAAAUUUAACACCUCCACACGCAUAUUAUAAUAUACACAAGAGUUGAAUGAAAAUCGUGUUUAGUUCUAAGCUGGAUCGUAGUCCUUAUUAGUCCUGAUGGAAGUACUAUUAUAAUACAGCA